GUAAAAUACGUAAAAUUUCACCUUUGAGAAGGGUAGUGAUAUUUUUAUCUACACCACUUGAAACAUAACUUAAUGAAGGAAGACUACUACUCCAACCAAUUAUAAAUAUAGACAAAUAUGCCGCCCAAUCAGUAUAAUAGUGGAGCACUACACCUCGGAUCAUAUUACAUGUAUUGUUCUCAUAUACUGAAUGUUUCGCUAGUAUUUGUUAAACAUACUUGUGUAUGUAGUAUCGUAUAGGACGUACUAUAAUCCAUGGCACUUAUUACUGUGCUCAGUAUUGUAGUUUUUGGAUAUAUUUUCAUAGCAGAGGCAAAUUCUAAUUCCAAGUGUUCGUGUUUCCCUGUACCUGCACAGAAUGACAUGUGCAAAGCCAUAAACAUAAGCUGUCCACUAGGAUCGGUCAUUUAUAAACCAAUCAUUGAUGCCUCAUCUGACGAAUGUCCGGCCUCUGGUGAAUUUUUCCAGAAUAAUGAGUCUCCUUGUGUUGGUCGACCAGCCGAUCUUAGAGCAGAUGUAGCUGAUUGCUAUUGGAAACAAUCCUGUUUAAUCCAGUUUCCUUCGACACCGAUUUAUACACGAACAUGUGUAAAUGAGGCACAAUCAAUAAUAAUCCACGAAUGGAUGUGUAUUAAAGCUGCACAAACAAGUGUGUACUUUAAAGAAUUAAUAUGCAAAAGCAGGUACAUAGGAAGAAAUGCAAAUAGUGGUGUAAUACUGAGCCAUCAACAUAUACCAUGGAAUUACGACAGAACGAUGUUUGAUGACAAUAAGUUACAGAUUUCAAAAAUUGAGAAAACUUGUGAAACUACAAUAAUCGUACCUACUGCAGGUGGAAGCAGGGUCUUAGUACAGACAAGUUUAUUUGACGUCGAUAUGCAGAACGAUCAGCUGACUAUUAAUGAGAUCGUGGUUUACAAGGGAGAUUUUCGUAAAGAAUUUCCGCCUAACACCCAGGUCAACAUCAAAUUUUCGUCGACAACUGAAAAAUCUAAAGGUGGUAAAGGCUUCGUUAUAUGUUUCAGAAGAUUAAACGAACAAGAAAAGAAUGACAAAUCUGCCUGUGACGGAAUUUUCGAGUUGGGUAAAGACCCAAAGCUAACAUUUGAUAAAGACAUACAACUAGAACAUGGAACAAUAACGGAUAGUACAACAGUAUAUACAACACCCAUGAGUCAGACAUUCAAAUCAACACCUAGUACUGACCAGCAGUGCAUAAAAUGUUUGGAAAGGAAACGUCCGAACGAAAAAUGUAAAAAACUGUGUUGCAUAGGGCAAGUAACUCAUCCACAAUGUCAGAAUCAAGCGUCUCCAACCACAACAACGACACCUACUCAAGGAAAAUGUAAAGUGAAGAAGAAAAGAAUCGAUAAGUUUUGUAAGAAUUGUGUUAAAGGCAAGAUUAAUUGUGGGAAAAAAGACAAUUGUUAUUCUUGUUGUCCAGGCAAAACCAUUUCUCCGAAAUGUAGGAAUCGAAAUAAGGAUCGUAAAAGAAAAAGAAAAGACAGGAAAAAGAAAAAACCGAAAAAGAAGAAAGACAAAAAGGGUUCUUGAAUUUCGAACACACUUUAAUAAAUCAUGUUUCUUUGUUUAUAUUAUCCAAUACACACUAGAAAAAUA